AUGUGCCUUUGUAAGCUUUCAUCGAAUAUUCCGGAAAUUCCACCACCAGUGGUUAACGACUGGGAGUCGAAUAAUUCGUGUCCAAGUUGUCACAAGACAUUUAAACACAGGUGUAACCUGAACACUCAUGUCAGGUACGAGUGUGGGGUACCACCCAGAUACAAUUGUCCUUACUGUGCUAAGCAGGCGAAACACUUGACGAAUGCACGAAGCCACGUGAAAAGGUGUCAUCCUGAACGAGAAAUGAAGAAAUUAACUGCUGGUCAGCCACAUUACAUAUUAAUGACCAAUUAUAAAACAGAAAAUAUUUUUUUUCCACCAAUAAUUAUUUAAGAAGGUAGGACAUUGUUUCAUUCAUUACAAUUUAUAAGAUACGAUUGUCUACACUGUUAUGAUAUCAAAUGAACUAAAAUGGUUUCGUCGUCUACAAUUUGAUGGACAAUGUUAGUUUUUUCGGUCAAAAUAAAUCGUUUAAACAAUA